GCGGAUGAGUGUCGCCGCCGUUGUUGCCGUCGCUUGCAAGCAGUAGCAAUUAGCAAACCAAACGCCGCGCGCGGCAGGGAGAAGGAGAUCAGCUGUCAAGAGAGAGGGAUCCGCACGGUUCACCCACCCACAUUGCCGCGCGCAACCUUUUUAAUCCCGGUGGCAGGAGGAGGAAGAGGGGCACGGCACCACCACCAGCAGCAGCAGCAGCACCGCAUCCACGCAGGAAACAAACAAAGGGAUCGAGAAAGCGAGGUGUUUCCGUUUGUGCGCGGGCGAGAAAGGGUAUUAAACUAGUUGUGCGCGCUCUGCUCCGUUCCGCCGACGACCCCUCCCCUGCAAUCAAAUCCCAUUUUCUCGUCGACAAAGCCAGCCACACACCGAGCGAGGCACCGAGCUAGCUUAGCUGAGCAAAGCUACCUCUGAAGAUUUAAUUUCUUUUCAUUUAUGCUCACCUCCCCUCCACCCCCCACCGAGCAACUCCUCCCUGCUCCUGCUCGACGUCCUCACUCCACUACUACUGCUCGCCGCGCUAGCUUUGCUAGUACACCGAACGCCAUAAUCGCGUAAAAGAAGCUAGCCGCCGCCGCUGUUGCUGUUGUUUCUUCCCGUACGUACGUGCAAACGUGCGUGCGUCUCCUGCGAGGGCGGCAAUGGCAGCCGUCGGCUGCAGGCAGCUGCUGCUCCCCGUCUUGGUCGUGCUGCUCUGCUUGGCGGGGGCGUCGUCGGCGACCAACGUGACGUACGACCACCGCGCGCUGGUCAUCGACGGCGUGCGCCGCGUGCUCGUCUCCGGCUCCAUCCACUACCCGCGGAGCACGCCCGACAUGUGGCCGGGGCUGAUGCAGAAGGCCAAGGACGGCGGCCUGGACGUCGUCGAGACGUACGUCUUCUGGGACAUCCACGAGCCCGUACAGGGACAGUACGACUUCGAGGGCAGGAAGGACCUGGUGAGGUUCGUGAAGGCCGCCGCCGACACCGGCCUCUACGUGCACCUCAGGAUCGGCCCCUACGUCUGCGCCGAGUGGAACUACGGAGGCUUCCCGCUAUGGCUGCACUUCAUCCCGGGGAUCAAGUUCCGCACCGACAACGAGCCUUUCAAGACGGAGAUGCAGCGGUUCACGGAGAAGGUGGUGGCCACGAUGAAAGGGGCGGGGCUGUACGCGUCGCAGGGAGGCCCCAUCAUCCUGUCGCAGAUCGAGAACGAGUACGGCAACAUCGACUCGGCCUACGGGGCGGCGGGCAAGUCCUACAUCCGGUGGGCGGCCGGGAUGGCCGUGGCCCUCGACACCGGCGUGCCCUGGGUCAUGUGCCAGCAGGCCGACGCGCCCGACCCCCUCAUCAACACGUGCAACGGGUUCUACUGCGACCAGUUCACCCCGAACUCCAACAGCAAGCCCAAGCUGUGGACCGAGAACUGGAGCGGCUGGUUCCUCUCCUUCGGCGGCGCCGUGCCGUACCGCCCCACCGAGGACCUCGCCUUCGCCGUCGCGCGCUUCUACCAGCGGGGCGGCACCUUGCAGAACUACUACAUGUAUCACGGAGGGACCAACUUCGGCCGCAGCUCGGGAGGGCCAUUCAUCUCCACGAGCUACGACUACGACGCCCCCAUCGAUGAGUAUGGGCUAGUGAGGCAGCCCAAGUGGGGCCACCUGAAGGAUGUGCAUAAAGCAAUAAAGCAGUGCGAACCUGCACUCAUAGCAACUGAUCCAUCAUACAUGUCCAUGGGUCAAAAUGCUGAGGCGCACGUAUACAAGGCUGGUUCAGUAUGCGCAGCAUUCCUCGCCAACAUGGACACUCAAUCUGACAAAACUGUCACAUUCAAUGGCAACGCAUAUAAACUCCCUGCGUGGUCUGUCAGCAUCCUUCCUGACUGCAAGAACGUGGUACUGAACACAGCUCAGAUCAAUUCUCAGACAACAACUUCAGAAAUGAGAAGCCUAGGGUCCAGCACUAAAGCGUCUGAUGGUUCGUCCAUCGAGACAGAGCUAGCUUUGUCUGGCUGGAGCUACGCCAUAGAACCUGUUGGUAUCACAACGGAGAAUGCCUUGACAAAACCUGGACUGAUGGAGCAGAUAAACACCACCGCAGAUGCCAGCGAUUUCCUGUGGUACUCAACAAGCGUUGUUGUUAAAGGUGGGGAACCGUAUCUUAAUGGCAGUCAGUCCAAUCUGCUUGUUAACUCACUUGGACAUGUUCUUCAGGCCUACAUCAAUGGCAAAUUUGCAGGCAGCGCCAAGGGCAGUGCUACUAGCUCCCUCAUCUCGUUGCAAACACCAAUUACACUUGUGCCUGGGAAGAAUAAAAUAGAUCUCCUGAGUGGAACAGUUGGGCUGUCGAACUAUGGUGCAUUCUUUGACCUAGUUGGUGCUGGAAUUACCGGUCCAGUAAAGCUGAGUGGACCAAAAGGAGUGCUCGAUCUAUCUUCUACAGAUUGGACAUACCAGGUAGGACUCAGAGGAGAAGGCUUGCAUCUAUAUAAUCCUUCAGAGGCCUCCCCAGAAUGGGUAUCGGACAAAGCUUACCCAACCAAUCAACCAUUGAUCUGGUACAAGAGCAAAUUUACAACUCCUGCAGGUGAUGAUCCUGUUGCCAUAGACUUCACGGGAAUGGGAAAAGGUGAGGCGUGGGUGAACGGGCAGAGCAUUGGUCGCUACUGGCCAACAAAUCUCGCUCCACAAAGCGGCUGUGUUAAUUCAUGCAACUACAGAGGACCUUACAGUUCGAGCAAAUGCCUAAAGAAAUGUGGGCAGCCAUCACAGACUCUGUAUCAUGUACCCCGUUCGUUUCUCCAACCAGGCAGCAAUGAUAUAGUCCUUUUUGAGCAGUUUGGUGGUGACCCGAGCAAGAUAUCAUUUACGACGAAACAGACAGCAAGUGUGUGUGCACACGUGUCUGAGGAUCAUCCCGACCAAAUUGAUAGCUGGAUCUCUCCCCAGCAGAAGGUGCAGAGAUCUGGGCCAGCACUUCGUCUGGAAUGUCCCAAAGCAGGCCAAGUCAUCAGCAGCAUCAAGUUUGCAAGCUUCGGGACACCAAGUGGCACCUGUGGUAACUACAACCAUGGUGAAUGCAGCAGCCCUCAAGCUCUUGCAGUUGCCCAGGAGGCCUGCAUCGGUGUGAGCAGUUGCAGUGUGCCGGUGUCAACGAAGAACUUUGGAGAUCCAUGCACAGGAGUCACAAAAAGCCUUGUGGUCGAAGCUGCAUGCUCAUGACAUGUUUGAUAAAUGUUGUUAGUAGGAAGUAAAAAGCAGAUCUGGGGGGGUGAAACUAGAAACCUACUCCGUGUAGACAAACAGGCAAGAAAGAAUAAUUGUUCGAGAAAUGCUUGUGAAAUGGAAUAAAAUGUUCCCAAAAUCUAUUGGAGCAAUGCAAGCUAUUAAAUUGUAUGCUUGGAGCUAGUUGUAAUUGUUAGCAUGACAAAUCUAUACAUAUUGAUAGGGUAUUCUUUUGCAA